AUGGCGUCAACGAACACGGGCGGCGCGACAAAGAAGCUUCUGAUCAUCGACACUGACCCUGGCAUUGACGAUGCCAUGGCGAUCUUUGCUGCCUUCAACUCGCCGGAGGUGGAUGUCAUUGGCUUGACGACCCUGUUCGGCAACGUCAAAACAUCCCUUGCCACGGAGAACGCCCUCAGACUGCGGGAGUUGGCGGGAAGGGAAGAUGUACCUGUCAUCGAGGGAUCGAGCUCAACCUUUGCAGGUGUUCCAAACAAGCGUGUGGCUGACUUUGUGCACGGCCAGGAUGGAUUUGGAAACACUCACCAGCCCCGACCUAAAGGCAGCAAAGAGGAAGCCAUGUCUGCUGCUGAAUUCAUACAACAGAAGGUCAGCCAACAUCCUGGGAGGAUCACCAUUCUGGCAUUGGCGAGUUUGACUAAUGUGGCCCUGGCAUUGUCUCUGGAUGAAACGAUUGGAAGCAAGUGGGCUGAACUUGUAUAUUUGGGGGGGGCAUUCUUUAGGAAUGGGAAUGUUAACCCAGCUGCUGAAGCCAACACCUUAGGUGACCCAGAGGCAGCAGAUUAUGUCUUUGGAUUGGGCACCAACAUCAAGGUGGUGGGGAUGGAUGUCACAGUAGGGUGCCAACUGACAGCAGCCGAAAUGGAAGCCCUGGAUAAUGGGAGCACAAGCGGGCGGUUCUUGCAUUCGAUAUCACGAUUCUACCAAGAUUUCUACAGAAAGCACCAUGGCAUCAAUGGUGUGUGUCUGCACGACCCCACUGCGUUUGUAGCAGUCAUCGCCCCGGAUCUCUUCAAAUGGGCAGAGGGGUGUGUGCGAGUGUCGACCGAUGGCAUCACAAGGGGCAUGACAGUAAUGGAUGCUGGGUUGUGCAACUGGGCUGAGGCUAACGCAUGGAGUGGGCGCCCGCGAGUUCAAGUGGCGCUUGGAGUGGACGAGACCCAAGUCGUGCAGCUCAUCAAGGGGCGCAUGUGCAAAUGA